UUUAGAAAAAUGUGAGUUGAUUAUUUUUUAGAAAAACUAUUAAUUUUAACCAAAUGAAAAGGAGCGAAGACUCUGCUAAUAAUAUCAUGAAUCAAAAUCGUUUCUGGUUUAAAGUGUGUUAAGUUUGUCUUAGCUUAAGGCAGCUUAAAGUCUUGGAAGAGAGCUGAUUCAUUUAUUAGAAAUGACGUCAGAAAAUCUGUUGUCUGGGCCGCAGAAUCCUUAGAAGUGUCGAAAUUAAUUGGACAGCAAGUGGAGAUUGGCCUAUUGUUGGGGUAUAUAAGCAGCUGCGAGUGGGUCUAAGGCACACAGAACACAACAUGAAUCCCAAGAGUGAAGUCCUGAUUGCCGCCGUGCUCUUUUUCCUGCUGGCCUGUGUGCAAUGCCAGCUCACUUUCUCGCCGGAUUGGGGCAAGCGUUCGGUAGGCGGCGGAGCUGGAGGCGGCGGCGCUGGUGGCUUCUUUGAGCCGCAACAGCAGGGCAACUGCAAGACGUCCAACGAGAUGCUGCUGGAGAUCUUUCGAUUUGUGCAAUCGCAGGCGCAACUCUUCCUCGACUGCAAGCACCGGGAAUAGGAGGGCCCAAGGACCAGGCGGAACACACACACCCAGGCUCCAGGCAUGGCCUCAGGCCUAUUAACCAUACGAUUAUAAUGUAUAUGCUAUAUAGUCCAUAUUCGAUGUGUAUAUGUUGCAUGUUGUCUGUACGAGUACACGAGGUAGUCGUAGUCGGCAUUUAGAUUUAGAGCAUUUUACGUUUCUUGUCUCUCAGUGUAACAAUUAGCCAUGUGCCUAACUGAAAGCCAUAAGUCAAUAAAUAAGCGCAUCUGAAAUUCGUUUUCGAAAA